AUGCCUGGAGUACCAUCAAGUCGUGGUUGUGACGCCUGUCGCAAGCAAAAGAAGAAGUGCGACCAACUCAAGCCCGCAUGCUCAAGAUGCAACCGUCUUCAGAUCCCUUGCGUUGGAUCUGGCCAACGGCGAUUCAAGUUCAAGGAAGGCUACUCGGGCAAACAGCAGGGCGCCAUCAUCCUAACCCCCGCUGUAGUGCGGUUCCCCAGUAAUGACACAAUAGACAUCACAAAGGACUUUAUAGAAGUUCUGCAAGUGACCGACAUUCGGUACGAUGUGACGUGGUACGGCCCAUUUCUCGAGACUAUUCCAAGCCGUAUUGGAUCAAGCGCUGCCCUAGACGCAGCAAUCGCUGCCGUAACCGGCGCGGUUAAAGCAUUGCGGACGCGACAGGGUAUGCCGGACGCCAUUGGGAAGUAUGUAAAAGGUUGGAAGGCUCUGAGGACAAGUCUUAGCGAUCCAGAGCAGACAAAGUCAAUACACACUGUAGUUGCCAUCUACCUGAUGAUGAUUUGCCAGAGUUGGGUUGGAAGUCCUGAUGACCAUUUCGCAAACCACGGUGAAAUCCUCGCUCAGAUCCUCGACGCAGCAGUCUCACAAGCUGGGCGAGGAGAAUUCGAAGACAAUAUGAUUGUAACCUUGAGCUCACCAGUGGUCCUGCAAAGUAUCGUCGACCCUAGCCUAAGCCUGGGUUCCUGGUUCUGGACGUUAGCCAAGUCGUACACGCCAAAGAGACCGUUUUUAGAGAACCAACAUGGUCGCCUUCCGAGUCUCCAGAUCUAUAUCAUGGCCCAGGUCACGCAAUGGAUCCGUGAUCCGGUAUUAAACCUCGUCAACAUAGCCACCGCGUACAACCAGCUUAUCCGUGAUUGCGCGACAAUGCGUUCGUUGCUCGAUCAGUUCGAGGCUCUCACCGCGGCAGCACCGACGCCACCAGGACGCCUACACACACGCCCGCAAGUCGCGUACUCCGUGCUCAUUUGUCUCGCUCUCAGUCUGAAUAUAAUCCUGCGCAUGUUCGACCCGAGCGAUACACUGGCGGAGGAGGCGGCGGACCUAUGCGCCGAAUCCAUCAGACUCUCACAGCUCGCUGAGCAGCACCGGCCAUUCGGAGUCAGCUUCAUGCCGGUCUCGCUUGCGAUGGCAUGGACUGCAUCGGACAACUUUGCUGUAAGGGCGCAGAUAAGGGACAUUCUGGUGGGGUACGAGGCCGACUUUCCAGCGAUGAACUGGGUUGAGACGUGUUACUGGUUGCAGAGCAAGUACGACGAUAUGCGGCGGAAACACGUGGACACACUGUUCACGGCGUCUUUUCCCGAUGACACGAUUCAGGUUCAGGAUGGAUUGAUUUCAGUGGGUUGA